UCAUCAGAAACAGACAGACCUACAGUAUAAAUCCCCGUCUUGCGCCACCACCAGUCGCUCGCUGACAGCUGCAGACCUUGGUCGUAUCUUUGAAACGCAGAACGUCCUUCUAACACUCAACAUGCCUGCGUACACCAUCACUUACUUUGCGGUGCGAGGGCGAUGCGGGGCCAUGAAGCUCAUGCUUACAGACCAGGGUCAGGAGUGGAAGGAGGUGGUUGUCAGCUUUGACGACUGGAUGAAAGGCGACCUGAAGGCCACCUGCGUUUUUGGCCAGCUGCCAAAGGUUCAAGAUGGAGACCUGGAGUUGGUCCAGUCUAAUGCUAUACUGAGACACUUGGGUCGUAAUCAUGGUGCAUACGGUAGUAACGACAAAGAGGCAUCCCAGAUUGACAUGAUGAAUGAUGGCGUGGAAGACCUCAGGCUUAAAUACGGCAAGCUGAUCUACCAGGAAUACGAUACUGGAAAGGAUAAGUACAUCCAGGAGCUCGGUGAUCAUCUUUCAAAGUUUGAAGCUGUCUUGGCCAAAAACAAGUCUGGUUUCUUGAUUGGAAACAAGGUGUCUUUUGCAGACUACAAUUUGUUUGAUCUUCUGCUCAACCAUCAGGUCUUGUGUCCCACUUGUCUGGACAAAUUCCCAGCCCUGAAGGCAUUUUCGGCAAUGAUGUCAGCCCGUCCAAAAAUCAAGGCAUUGUUAGACUCUGAUGCCUGGAAGAAAUUGCCCAUCAAUGGAAAUGGGAAACAGUAGUACUUUCAAUCAAGGGCAAUGGGAGACAGUAGUGCUGUAGGACUACUGAUUUCUACGAUAUGCUACAUCUCACGUCAACUAUCCCCCACAUUGGCACUAACUAAAGAAGCUGUCUGACAGGUUUUUUACUUUUGUAGACAAUUAUUAACUGUUGACUGUUAACAUUUUGUACUCUUGCAAUAUAAUGCUCCUACUAAUGUGACUUGAAUAAACAAACUAAUUGUGAA